UAGGCAUCAAUUGAGAUCAUCAUCAUUAUAAAAAGCCGUGUUACUUCAAGAGGACAAACCACACUGAGUGCAGUCCAGCAAAGAACUUUCCAAGUGUGAACCUGAAACGAAAGUCAGAAAAGAAACGAAGGAUCUCAAGAUGCGUGUUGCAGCUGCUUUCAUCUUGCUCAUUUCCCUGGCGGUGGCGUUCAAAUUGGAGAAGGAGCUUCCUGUGUUUGAAGAUGACCCAGACGAGCAAUAUGAACCAGCUGAGCAAGAUGAACCAGAUGAACAAGAUGAACCACAUGAACUAUAUGAACCAGCUGAACAAGAUGAACCAGAUGAACAAGAUGAACCAGCUGAACAAGAUGAACCAGAUGAACUAUAUGAACUAGAUGAACCAGUGGAGCAAAAAGAAGAUGAAGAUGGUAAUGAGGUUGAGAGCCUGUAUAGUAGAAUCUUCCCUCAAAAUUAUUGCUGCACCCAUACCUGCUUCGUUACGCCUCCGGAAUGCUACGGACGCCGUCAGUUGUAUGGAAGGCAAGAUUUCGCGUGAGGUUACCGAUGCGGUUCCACAGACAAUUAACUAGCAGCAGACAUAAGCUAGUAUUCUAGUUUCAGUAAAACGUGUAACUGUAAACUGAGCGUAAAUAAACUAGUGAGUACAAGUUUAAAAAAUACUAAA